AUGGCCACCAAGUACGCUAGCAUUGCUGCCACCUUCGGUGUUGCUGCUGGUACCUUCGCCGUCUUCUUCUUCGGUGAAGUGCCCCGCGUGCGCAACGACAUCCUGCGCAAGGUUCCCUUCCUUGACGAGUACUUCGACCGCAGCAUCCCUGCCGAGGACAACCCGUUCUAA